AUGGAGGGCACCACGACUUGGUCGACUUUCAGACAACGGAGGAGGAGGACGGAGCCCAAGUUCCCCGGUAGACCGCGUCACAACUUGGUCCGUCGCCAAGGGCCGAAGAUAGCUAUUCGACAGGACGACGGCGAGGAGGCGGACGAAGAGAAAGAAAAGGAGGGCGAGCAGGAGAAGGAAGAGGAGGAGGAGGAGGAGGAAGAAGAAGGGAAGGAGAGCCCGGCUGGAAACAACAGGAAGGCAGAAGAACAGGAAAAGGAAGAGGAAUCCGGAGCGGAAGAGGGCAACGGUGCUCAGCAAGAGGCCGAGUCCAACAGCUCCGCCAGCGAUUCCGAUGCGCAGCAACAACCAGGAGCCCAAUCGAGCGCCAGCAGUGACUCGGAAGAAGAACAACCAAAGCCCUCCGUGUCACCGGCUCCGGGCGCGCCGCCUGCAGCAACGAACCCGCCGAUUCUCCCCACUGCGCCGCCCGCCGCCCUGAACCCGGCCGCACCAGCGAGCUUCCCGCCAGCGAGGGGAUUCAUCACGCUCGUCCCCGGCGCACCGCCCCCGUCAAAUCCUCCGGCCGCGCCACCGUCAAAUCCGACCCCGUCCGCCGCCCCCAACUCGACACCUCCGCAACCGCCUCCGUCAAGACAGACUUCCCAGACGCCUCCUCCUCCGCCUGCUGUGCAACCAUCUACACCACCGCCGCCGCCACCACCGCCUGCAGCAGAAACCCCGUCAGUGAUUCCUUCACCACCAACAGUUGGAAAUGCCGCUUCAGGAACAUCAGACCCGCAGAUCGUGCCCUCCAACGCGCAGAUGCAAGAAAGCAACGGCGCCGUCUCAGCAACGCCGUCACCUGCCCCGGACUCCAACCGCCCUUUUGCCAUCGGGGUCUCCUUCGGUAUCGUCGCCUUGAUCGGCCUCCUCAUCGGCGCCUUCAUCUUCUUCAAGAAACGCCGCGACCGCAAGAAGAAGGUCGACGCCGUCUCCCAAAACAUGCAAAACGCGCCUCCCCCUUCCAACCCGCCCGCCGGUGCAGCCACCUUCCCCCGCGAGUCCGCCAUCCUCCGCCAGCCGAAGCGCAGCACCAAGGAGAUGGAGCAGACCCUCGUCGCGACCUACCGCCAGACCAAGAUCGCCAACCGCACCACCCGCGAGAUGGAAGAGCAGAUGGUCGCGCAGUUCAUGGCCGCCAACGCCGCGAUCCCGGCCCCGCCCGCAAAAGACACCCCUCCCGCCGCUGCCGUGCCGAGGAACAUGUCCACGACGAGCUUCUACUACGAAAAGUCAAUCAACGAGCCCGCCACCAUCAACAACGAGCCGCCAUUCGUCCCGGAGCCGCUGCGCAUCAGCACGAUGAAGCGCCCGUCCUCGCAGGCGGUGCAGUACCCCAAGGUGCCGUACCCGCCGUCCACGUACGAUAUGUACCAGGGCAUCGGCCAGGGACCGUACCGCGAGUCGAUCAACAUCGGGUACCAGCCGUAUAACCCGGACUCCUACCAACAGCCACCGCCGGCUCAGCAACCAGUGCAGCCGCAGCCUCAAUUCCAGCCGCAAGAAUCCCAAUUCCAGCCUCAGGAGUCGCAGUUCCAGCCUCAGCAACAGCCGCAGUACCCUGCCCAAGCCAUCUCGCGAUACUCGCCGCAGUACAACCCGCUACCGGGACAGCUGCCGCGGGCGGAAAGGGGUCCUGAUAGGAAGUUCAUUGGCCCUGGAUGA